CUGCAAGCAGAUAUAUGGGUGCAGCUCAGCUUUACUGCAGCAUGAUGCAGUUGUGUAUAAUUCAGCAUGUUGUGCUUGGAGACAGGCUGUGAGAGGAAGGGGCAGACCACAGUGCACACACACACUGUAUUCAUUUGGGGAGGGGGGUGGCAGAGAGAGACAGAACCUGUGAAAUUCCUGCAACAGCAGAAAAAAAAACCCACCACCACCACCACCACCAACAACAACAGCAUAUCAGCCAUUCACCGGUGCCUUUCUCAGUGUGGAAUCCGAGCUAGUGCCUGAGUAUCUGUCAGAGCAGGUUUGUGAAAUCAUCCUGCGCAGCUCAGCUCCUUCUCUGAUUGCUGCGGCCGAGCUGCUGGCAUGCAGUGAACUUGUCAGUUCUGAUCCACUUCAAGGAGCGGACCUAACACCCCGUUAUUCUGCCGGGGCGCGGAACCGUGAACAAGAGCAUGCUUGGAGAUGGAGGACCUCCUGACCAGCCCAGGCCACAGACAAAUUGCAUUGCUUAUUAAGAGCCUGCAUUAAGAGGAUUGGUUCCUCGCCCGAGCUGGCGCGAGAUAUUUAAAGGGGAGCACAUCGCUGCUGCUGCAGGAGGGGACUGACCGCCAGGGGACCAGUACAGGGGCUCUGCAAGGCAGGGCUACCUCUUCCCUUCCUGAUCCUCUCAUCAGUCAGCAGUGACACCAGCACAGACGUGCCCACGCUACCUGCCUCUCGCACCGCUGGAGGAGCACAGAAGCGUCUUUGUAUGCUGCAGACAUGGCCAGCCAGCAAGAUUCAGGCUUCUUUGAAAUCAGCAUCAAAUCCCUGCUAAAAUCCUGGAGCACUACCUCGCCGGUAGGUAACGGAUACAGCAAGCCGCCCAUUCCUCCAGCCUCCAGCACGCAGGGCGAGAAGGGACCUCCAGCCAUGAUGCCCAUCAGCAUCGACCCGGAGAGCAAGCCGGGAGAGUACAUCCUCAAGAGCCUCUUCGCCAACUUCACCACGGUCUCCGAACGCAAGAUCCGCAUCAUCAUGGCCGAACCCCUGGAAAAACCAUUGACAAAAUCCCUGCAGAGAGGAGAGGAUCCACAGUUUGACCAACUCAUCAGCACCAUGAGUUCCCUGGCAGAAUACUGUCUGCCUUCCAUCCUGCGCACUUUGUUUGAUUGGUAUAAACGACAGAAUGGACUAGAAGAUGAGUCGCACGAAUACAGACCAAGAGCCAACACUAAGUCUAAAAAUGAUGAGCAACAGAAGGAUUACUUACUUGAAAGGAGAGAUUUGGCAAUUGAUUUUAUUUUCUCUUUAGUACUUAUAGAAGUUUUAAAACAGAUUCCACUUCAUCCCUUACUGGAUGGUUUGAUCCAUGAAGUUAUUAACUUGGCAUUCAAGCACUUUAAAUACAAAGAAGGGUACCUCGGUCCUAACACUGGAAACAUGCACAUUGUAGCAGAUCUAUAUGCAGAAGUAAUUGGAGUCUUAGCCCAGUCUAAGUUCCCUGCUGUGAGGAAGAAAUUCAUGGCUGAGUUGAAAGAGCUUCGUCAGAAAGAACAGAGUCCGUAUGUAGUUCAAAGCACUAUUAGUCUAAUAAUGGGAGUCAAAUUCUUCCGCAUUAAGAUGUACCCUGUGGAGGACUUUGAAGCUUCAUUUCAGUUUAUGCAGGAAUGUGCCCAGUAUUUCCUUGAAGUAAAGGACAAAGACAUUAAGCAUGCCCUGGCUGGACUGUUUGUAGAAAUCUUAGUUCCAGUAGCUGCGGCAGUCAAAAACGAAGUAAACGUCCCCUGUCUUAGGAACUUUGUUGAGAGUCUGUAUGACACAACACUGGAUCUGUCCUCAAGGAAGAAACACUCACUAGCAUUGUACCCAUUGGUGACAUGUCUCCUCUGUGUCAGCCAGAAACAGUUCUUUCUCAACAGAUGGCAUGUUUUUCUGAACACCUGCCUGUCUAAUCUCAAGAAUAAGGAUCUCAAAAUGGCCCGUGUUGCUCUGGAAUCACUAUACAGACUGCUGUGGGUUUAUAUGAUCAGAAUCAAAUGUGAAAGCAAUACUGCAACACAGAGCCGCCUCACCUCUAUCAUCACCACGCUCUUCCCCAAGGGCUCCCGCAGUGUAGUACCCAGGGACAUGCCUCUCAACAUCUUCGUCAAGAUCAUCCAGUUCAUAGCGCAGGAAAGACUUGAUUUCGCAAUGAAAGAAAUCAUCUUUGAUCUUCUCAGUGUGGGGAAACCAGCAAGAGCCUUUAGUCUUAACCCUGAGAGAAUGAACAUUGGUCUGAGGGCUUUCCUGGUGAUUGCUGAUAACCUCCAGCAGAAAGAUGGAGAGCCCCCAAUGCCAAACACCGGAGCUGUGCUGCCGUCAGGCAACACUCUGAGGGUCAAGAAGACCUACCUGAGCAAAACGCUGACAGAGGAGGAGGCCAAACUGAUUGGUAUGGUAUUAUAUUACUCCCAGGUGAGAAAAGCCAUAGACAACAUCCUCAGACAGCUGGAUAAAGAAGUUGGAAGAUGCAUGAUGAUGACAAACGCACAAAUGCUGAACAAAGAACCUGAAGAUAUGAUAACGGGUGAAAGGAAGCCAAAGAUUGAUCUUUUCAGGACCUGUGUAGCUGCUAUUCCACGCAUACUGCCUGAUGGCAUGUCAAAGCAGGAGCUGAUAGACUUGCUGGCUCGGCUGACAAUCCACAUGGAUGAUGAACUGCGGCUCAUAGCCCAGAACUCCCUCCAGAGUCUGCUGGUGGACUUUGUCGACUGGAGGGAGGAUGUGCUGUUCGGCUUCACCAACUUCCUCCUCAGAGAAGUCCAUGACACCCACCAAGGCCUUCUGGACACCUCCUUGAAGCUGCUGCUUCAGCUGCUGACUCAGUGGAAACUGGCCAUUCAGGCUCAGGGGAAAGGCCAAGACCCAACCAAGAUCAGAGCUUCUGAGCUGAUACAGAACGGCUCCGGUCACAGGCUGCAGCCGGAGAGGAGCCCCCACUGCAGCGUGCUGCAUGCCGUGGAGGGGUUCGCGCUGGUGCUGCUCUGCAACUGCCAGGUCGCCACCCACAAAUUAGCCGUGUCCAUCCUGAAGGAGAUUCGAGCGCUCUUUACAUCAAUAGGACAAAGUGAGGAUGAUGACAAGCCCAUGAUAGAAGUGAUGGAUCAGCUGAGCUCCGCCGUGUUGGAGAGCUUUGUCCACGUAGCAGUGUCAGACUCGACUGCCCUCCCUCUGGGCCACCAUGUGGACCUACAGUGGUUGGUGGAGUGGAAUGCUGUGCUGGUGAACAGCCAUUAUGAUGUGAAGAGCCCUUCUCAUGUGUGGAUAUUUGCCCAGUCUGUGAAGGACCCCUGGGUCCUGUGCCUGUACAGUUUUCUGAAACAGGAGAACCUGCCCAAGCACUGCCCCACUGCCCUAAGCUACGCCUGGCCCUAUGCCUUCACCAGACUGCAGCUGCUCAUGCCUCUGGUCGACCCUACCAGUCCAAUUUAUGCCAAGAAAAUGAGCACAGCGAGCAGCGGAGACAACUACGUGACCCUCUGGAGGAACUAUCUCAUCCUUUGUUUCGGUGUCGCAAAGCCCAGCAUCAUGAGCCCCGGACACUUGAGAGCCUCGACUCCUGAGAUCAUGGCCACCACCCCUGAUGGCAGCGUGAGCUAUGACAACAAGGUGAUCGGUACCCCGUCUGUGGCAGUACUCCUGAAGCAGCUGGUUCCUCUGAUGAGGGUUGAGAGCAUUGAAACUACAGAGUCUCUCGUCUUGGGGUUUGGAAGGACAAACUCUUUGGUUUUCAGGGAACUUGUGGAAGAGCUUCAUCCCCUAAUGAAGGAAGCAUUGGAAAGAAGACCAGAGAACAAGAAACGGCGUGAACGCAGAGAUUUGCUCCGGCUUCAGCUACUGAGAAUCUUUGAGCUGCUGGCUGAUGCCGGUGUCAUCAGUGACAACACUAAUGGGGCUCUGGAGAGGGACACACUGGCCCUUGGAGCACUCUUCCUGGAGUAUGUGGACCUCACUCGGAUGCUGCUGGAAGCUGAAAACGACAAAGAAGUCGAAAUUCUGAAAGACAUUCGGGCCCAUUUCAGUGCCAUGGUGGCCAACCUCAUCCAGUGUGUUCCUGUCCACCAUCGCAGGUUCCUUUUCCCUCAGCAGAGUCUGAGGCACCAUCUGUUCAUCCUCUUCAGUCAGUGGGCCGGUCCAUUCAGCGUGAUGUUCACCCCAUUGGACCGCUACAGUGACAGGAACCACCAGAUAACUAGAUACCAGUACUGUGCCCUAAAGGCAAUGUCAGCAGUGCUGUGCUGCGGCCCAGUGUUUGACAACGUUGGCCUCUCUCCAGAUGGGUACCUUUACAAAUGGCUGGAUAAUAUUUUAGCAUGCCAGGACUUACGGGUGCAUCAGCUUGGCUGUGAGGUAGUCAUCUUGCUGCUAGAGUUGAACCCUGACCAGGUCAACCUCUUCAACUGGGCUGUGGACCGCUGCUUCACCGGCUCCUACCAGCUGGCCUCAGGCUGUUUCAAAGCUAUUGCCACUGUCUGUGGAAGCAGAAAUUACCCAUGUGACAUAGUAACACUACUGAAUUUGGUACUCUUUAAGUCCUCUGACACCAACAGGGAAAUAUAUGAAAUUUCCAUGCAGCUAAUGCAGAUCCUUGAAGCCAAACUUUUUGUGUAUUCGAAGAAGACUGCUGAACAGAAACCAGGCAGCAUACUGUAUGGUACUCACGGGCCCCUGCCUCCUCUCUACAGCGUUUCCCUCUCCCAGCUAUCUAACCAGCUGGCCAGGAUGUACCCAGAGCUCACUCUCCCUCUGUUUUCAGAGGUCAGCCAAAGAUUCCCAACCACCCAUCCCAAUGGACGUCAGAUCAUGCUCACCUACCUGCUGCCCUGGCUGCACAACAUUGAGCUGGUGGACAGUGGGCUGCUGCCCCCCGUCUCCAGCCCCUGCACCCCAGAAGAGGAGGCCAAGGAGAGGGCUGACAGCCUGGGUCUCUCCCACACACUCAAGGGCACUGGCUGGGGCUCUCUGCAGGCUACCUCGCUGGUGCUCAACAACCUCAUGUUCAUGACUGCUAAGUACGGAGACGAGGUGCCUGGGCCUGAAAUGGAGAAUGCUUGGAAUGCCCUUGUAAGCAACGACAAGUGGAGCAACAACCUGAGAACCACACUCCAGUUCCUCAUCAGCUUGUGUGGUGUGAGCAGUGACACUUCUCUUCUGCCAUACAUUAAGAAGGUCGUGAUCUACCUUUGCCGGAAUAAUACCAUCCAGACCAUGGAGGAGCUCCUGUUCGAGCUUCAGCAGACUGACCCAGUGAACCCUGUGGUGCUGCACUGUGAUAACCCGCCCUUCUACAGAUUCGCUGCCAGCAACAAGACUUCUGCUGCUGCUUCUGGAACAACAUCCAGUAGCAAUACAGUAGUUGCAGGCCAUGAAAGUUUCCCUGAUACAGAUGAAACCAAACUAGCAAAAGACAACGAAGACAGGUUCAGUAAUGUGAUCAGGGCACACACGAGGCUGGAAUCACGGUACAGUAACAGCUCAGGAGGCUCCUACGACGAGGAAAAAAGUGACCCGUUGCCUCCUUACGCUGGGUGGUUGAUGAACGUGCUGGAAACCAAUCAGCCGCAGCCUCUGCCCAUGCCUGUUAAUGGUGGCUGCUGGGCUCCCCUUGUGGACUAUCUUCCUGAAACCAUCACCACGCGGGGCCCUCUUCACAGGUGUAACAUAGCUGUGAUCUUCAUGACCGAGAUGGUGGUUGACCACAGUGUCAGAGAGGACUGGGCUCUCCAUCUGCCUCUGCUUCUUCAUGCUUUGUUUUUGGGACUGGAUCACUAUCGCCCAGAGGUGUUUGAGCACAGCAAGCGCCUUCUUCUUCACCUGCUGAUUGCACUGUCUUGCAACAACAACUUCCAAGUCAUUGCCUCUGUGCUGCUCCUUACCAGGGAGAUGUGUGAGAGUAAAACCCUAACAGUGAAGGCUAACUACCAGCCAGAAUACCUCUACACAGGUGGUUUUGACUUCCUGCGAGAAUGCCAGGCCUCCCCGGUACCGGACUCUGGCCUAAGCUCCUCUUCAACCUCCUCCAGCAUCAGCCUCGGGGGCAGCAGCAGCAAUCUGCCCCAAAUCUCCCAGGACAUGGACGAGCUGGACACCUCCACUGAGGCCGAUGAGAAGACCAAUAAGCUCAUUGAGUUCCUCACUACCCGAGCAUUUGGACCUCUGUGGUGCCAUGAAGACAUCACCCCAAAGAACCAGAACUCAAAGAGUGCCGAGCAGCUGGCAAACUUUCUCCGGCACGUGGUGUCAGUUUUCAAGGAGUCCAAGUCAGAUUGUCAUCUCGAGCAGCAGCUGAGCGAUGUGGCCCUGCAGACGGCGCUGUCCAGCUCCUCGCGGCACUACGCGGGCCGCUCCUUCCAGAUCUUCCGGGCCCUCAAGCAGCCCCUGUCCUCUCACGCCGUGUCCGAUCUGCUCUCCCGGCUGGUGGAGGUGGUAGGGGAACACGGAGACGAAGUGCAGGGUUAUGUAAUGGAAGUUCUGCUUACCCUGGAGUCUGUCGUGGAUAAUUUGGCUGAAUGUCUGAAGAAUAAUGAAUUAAUGGCAGUCCUGACGAGCAGGUCAUCUUCACCUGAUUUCCUAACCAAUGGCAAGCUGACUUCAAACCGCAAGAGCACUGGGCAGCUGAACCUAAUCCCUGGGCAGAGUGGGGCUGGCAUGGGCACGGCAGAACGCAGCCGGCACCAGAGGAGCUACUCAGUGCCCAAGAAGUUUGGCGAGGUGGACCGGUUGUCAGACCCCCCCCGGAGCGCCACACUGGACAGGAUCCAGGCCUGCACACAGCAGGGUGUCCUGAGCAAGACCCGCAGCUCCUCCUCCUUCUCCAAGGACAACAUGGCGGACCCCACCAACGUCAACCACCCUGCCAACCUGCUGGCCACCAUCUUCUGGGUGGCCGUCUCGCUCAUGGAGUCGGAUUUCGAGUUUGAGUACCAGAUGGCGCUCAGGCUGCUGAACAAGCUGCUGGUGCACCUCCCCCUGGACAAGGCGGAGAACCGGGAGAAGCUGGAGAAACUGCUGGCGCAGUUGAAGUGGGCCAACUUCUCAGGACUGCAGCAGCUGCUGCUCAAAGGCUUCACGUCCCUCUCCACCACGGACCUCACCCUGCAGCUCCUCAGCCAGCUCACCCCCAUCUCCAGGGUCCCAGUGGUGGACACCUCUCAAGCCAUAGGUUUCCCCUUGAAUGUAUUGUGUCUCCUUCCUCAUUUGGUUCAGAACUUUGACAGCCCGACUCAGUUCUGUAAGGACAUUGCUGAAAGAAUAGCCCAGGUCUGCUUAGAAGAGAAGAAUACCAAGCUAACCAACCUGGCUCAUGUCAUGACCCUGUACAAGACCCACACUUACACCAGGGACUGUUCCAUCUGGGUCAGUGUAGUGUGCCGGUACCUACAUGAAGCUUUUUCUGACAUCACCUUGAAUAUGGUCACCUACAUGGCAGAGUUGCUGGAGAAGGGCCUUCCCAGCAUGCAGCAGUGCCUUCUGCAGAUCAUCUACAGUCUCCUCAAUCACAUGGACUACAAGGGGAUUCCUGUCAAGCAGUUCAACAUGGAGGUGCUGAAGACUAUAGAGAAGUUUGUUCAGAGUGUCCACUGGAAGGAAGCCCUCAACAUUCUGAAGCUGGUGGUGUCUCGCUGCGCCAGGCUCUCCAACAAGGACAUGAGCCGGGAGUGGGAUAGCUCUUCCAAAGCCUUGCCAGGGAAGACUCUGGACUUUCACUUUGAUAUUUCUGAGACUCCCGUAAUUGGCCGGAGGUACGAUGAUCUGCAAGGGUCAUCGGGCCGGGAUGGAAAAAACCGGGUCAUAGCUGUGACCCGCAGCACCUCCUCUACUUCCUCAGGGUCCAAUUCCAAUGUGCUGGUGCCCGUCAGCUGGAAGAGGCCGCAGUCUUCACAGAAGAGAACCCGGGAAAAGAUUGUUACUGUGCUUUCCCUGUGCGGACAGGAAGUCGGACUCACCAAAAACCCUUCGGUCAUUUUUUCUUCCUGUGGGGACCUGGACCUGAUUGAGCACCAGCCCAGCCUGGUGCCCUCUGAGGACGGUACCCGGGACCAGGACAACAUGGACGACACCACCAGCGAGCAGCAGUUCAGGGUCUUCAGAGACUUCGACUUCCUGGAUGUGGAGCUCGAGGAUGGCGAGGAGCUUCAGGGCGAGAGUGUGGACAACUUCAACUGGGGAGUGCGGCGCCGCUCGUUGGACAGCCUGGACAAGGGGGACCUGCAGCUCCUGGAGGAGAGCCAGUAUUCCGGCAGUACGCCCAGCCUGGGCAAGAUCAACCACGAGGACUCGGACGAGUCCUCCGAAGAAGAGUCCCUCACCGCCAGUCAGAUACUCACGCGUUCGCAGCUGACCAUGAACCUCUCUCCCUCUGAGGAGACGAACCACACAGACUCCCUGUCCACCUCCUUUGACACCACCUCUGCUGAUCCACACUCCCUGAACACCAGAACUCCUAGUUUCGAAGUCUCUCUCCCUGAAGACUCUAAUCAGCGGGUUGAAGUCUCAGCCGAGGACGAAGAUACCAAUGUCCACGAGGAUGACCUCUCUCUGUCCGUCAGCGAAGUGCCACCUGGCUUUGAAGGCAGCGACAGUUUCCCAUUAGAAAUGGCUCAGGGAGAAGACAAAGGGGAUGUGGAUCUUGAGCACACAGGCCUCCCAAGUUUCAGAGAGGAGAGGGAGGACACACAAGAAGCCCGGGCCUCUCCACUGCCCUCCCCCUUCUUCUCUGCCAUCCUGGCUGCCUUCCAGCCCGCAGUCUGUGAUGACGCCGAGGAGGCCUGGCGCAACCACAUCAACCAGCUGGUGUCCGAUUCCGACGGCUCCUGUGCCGUCUACACAUUUCACGUCUUUUCCUCCUUGUUCCAGAAUAUACAAAACAAGUUCUGCUCCUUAACCUGUGAUGCUGCUGGUUACCUUGGAGAUGGCCUUCGUGGGAUAGGGUCAAAGUUCGUGAGGUCUUCCCAAAUGCUGACAUCAUGCUCAGAGUGCCCCACACUCUUUGUAGAUGCAGAUACUAUCAUCUCUUACGGGUUAUUAGAGAAGAUGAAGUUUAGCGUACUUGAGCUCCAAGAAUAUUUGGACACCUACAACAACAGGAAAGAAGCAGCCAUUUCAUGGUUGAGAAAUUGCAAGGCAAGCUUUCCCAAAGGCUCGGGGGAUGGAGUUAUUACUUAUCAGCCAGGAGACUCAGAGGAAAAGCAAAUGGAAUCUCUGGCACAACUGGAGCUGUGUCAGCGGUUAUACAAACUCCACUUUCAGCUGCUGCUGCUUUUUCAAUCCUACUGUAAACUCAUUGGACAGGUCCACGCCAUAAGCUCUGUACCAGAGCUGUUAAACAUGUCCAAAGAGCUGAGUGACCUGAAGAGCAGUCUGAGGUCCGCGGCUGUCUCUAUGGCCAGUGACCUGGCGGCCCAGGAGAGCCCUCGCACCCAGCCUACAUUCAGCUCCUCCGAGACCGCUGUCCAGGCUGUGUUGGAGUGCCUGAAGAAUAACGAGUUCACCACAGCCAUCCGCUACAUCAGGGAGUGUCGGAGUGUGUGGCCCAAUGACAUCUUUGGAAGCACCACAGAAGACGAGGUCCAGACACUACUGAAUAUUUACUUCAGACACCAAACCCUGGGACAGACAGGCACGUUUGCACUAGUGGGCUCCAAACAGGACCUGUCUGAGAUCUGCAUGAGGCUGAUGGAGCUGAAUGGAGAGAUUCGGGACAUGAUCCGCAGGGCUCAGGGCUACAAAGUCAUCACAACCUUCCUCCCAGACUGCAACGUGUCCGGCACGAGUCUCUGACAGGAGGAGUGGAGUGCCCAGCUUUCGUUCCCACCUGGAAUUGCUGCUGCUGUGGAGAGAUGCCCCGUAAAGUCUCUUCGGUUCUGGAAAAAAUCGGACAAGCUGUCCAGAGUCUGAUCACCGCUGAUUUCGGAUUUUCUAAUGCAAAGUCGUCGGAAGUGCAGCAAUACUGUGUGAGCAAAAGCAGUGUGAAACCCUUCACAACCUAAACUUGGCUUUUAUUGCACUAAUGUUAUUUAUUGCGUCACAGAGCGGAGGCUACCACUUGUUACUGAGAUGAAUGACUUCCGCACCUAACAAGGAUAUACCAAAGUUCUAUUAACUUAUUCUUCUGCAGAUAUUUACUAUUUUAUUUGUCUGGGGAAAAUGUGCAAUGCUUCUCUCAAGUGAAAGACUUUUACUAUACAAUUGAAAGAAUGUGUUUUGGAAUUCUAAUGCUUUUGGCUACUUGAAACUGAAGAACUGUAUUAACAGACAGAAUGACACGAAAUAUUUUUUCACUGCUUGGUUAAUCCUGAGAGACUGUGUGUGUGUGUGGAACGAACUGUUAACCAGACUCGCAAUUAGUGAACACUGUAAUGCAUCAAAAUACAUGAACUACUCCAAAACAAAUCAAUAGUGGAGAGCUACUGUUCUACAUGUGCAUACUAUUCUGUUAGUCUUUCAUCACUUAAAAGACUGAUCCUCAUAUUUUAUACAGGUGUUGUUUGCUUUCUACUGUGUAGUCAGUUGCUCCUAGGUUUUCAUUUGCAUUACUAAAAAGCAAAAUGCAUUUAACUUAAAAGUAGAUUUCUAGAAUGAAAACAAUUGUUCAUGUCCAGUCUACUUAAACUGCCAAGCAUGCAUACUUUAUGUAUUACGAAUUGUAUUUGAAUAUUUAUGAAAGUUAUUCAGAAAUUCUCAUUUUAACGGAAAGAUGCAUCUGUAUAUAGUACAAAAGGAGCUUUGCUCAAGCUGGUAAGAUUUUAUUUUUUAAUUUGUGCAGUAAAAAUACAGAAAUGUGUGCAUGUAAAGAAAUGUUGCACAUUAAAAAAAGCUUCCAUUAGGAAGAGUAUUUAUGUAUGUUUUUCACCUUGUAAAUACUUUUACAGCUUUUGUGAAGUAAUUUGGGUUGUUCUGUACACUUAUGUAACAAAGUAAAAAGAUCACAAAUAA